GCAGUUCCCGUGACAUGUUGCGCUCACCCUCGGCCAUGGGGCGAAUAAGCUCGAGCUGCUUGGGUAGAGGUCAGCUGUGGGUGCUGCUGGCAACUGUGUGGGCACUGUCAGGCUCAGGCUUCACAGGGAUGAGGUGGAGACCGGCGCCACGCACGAGGAGCCUGCGCAGUGAAGGCGGGACAGCAAUUGACAGUCCUCCAGAGACUGACACGAAGCUGUAUGAUGUCUUGGGCAUUGGCAAAGAAGCCAGUGUUGCCGACAUCAAAAAGGCUUACUACAGGCAUGCCCGAGACUGCCAUCCUGACAAGCACCCGGGGGACGAGGAUAUGCGAGACCGCUUUCAAGAGGUGGCGGAUGCUUAUGCAACCCUAGCAGAUCCUGUCCGGAGGCAGAAAUACGAUCUCCAGGGAUUAGCAGGCCUUGCUUUUUUUCGCAGCAACGCCACACGCCUUUUCGGGCCGCCGCCAUGGCGAGUGCUCAUUGGGCGCACUGACCACUGGCUUUGGACAGAGGACCAGUCCGAGUACAUGGUGGGGCUGUUGGCAUCUUCCAUUCCCCACGGCAUCGCCGGUGUCACCGUCAAGAGCGUGAAGGCUGCCUACGAUGAGGCCUUGGAGACCCGAGUGGCGGUGCUGCUGGAGCGAGUGUCUGAGGAGCAAGCCAAGGACACCGUUGAGCAGAUUGAGGAGUUUGGCCUUGCUGUGAAGGCAGAGCCAAUUGAGGGCGAGCGCUCCAACGAGCAGGAGUCGCCCAUCCAGCACUUCAGGCGCAUCCAGCGCGAGCUCGGGGAGGCGUCCGAGCUGUUGCGCCGGGCAGCCCAAGAAAUAAGUCCCGACGAGAUCCACCAGGGCGAUGACUCUUCGUUCGACAGGCACAUCGACAUGGUGCGGCACCUCCGCAUGGAGCUGCGAGCCGCCGCCAAGGGCCUGGAGGAGGCGAAGAGUGAAACCAAGGUGAACGGGAAGGUUGCCAACGGCGUCUCCCAGCCGAGAUGACAUGUCAGUCCAUUUCUCCGUGGGCAUUUUGCUCUCUACAGGCUUCCCAGAGCCAAGAGGGUUUCUUUGUCAGAGUUCAUGUUGCGAACUCAGAUGUCACGGUGUCCUAUGCUGUUCCAACGGCACUGCGGGCGCCAAUUCACCAGCAUGUAUCAUCCUCUCUGCCUGAAAGACCAGGAACACACAGUCAGGGCGAUGCAGGCCUCAGAGAAAGCUGCUGUUGCUUGAGUUGUACAUGGUAUGAUUUCGCAAUCAACAUCACAAACACCUGAGACGGUUUGGCUUCUUGGCAUGUGGGCAGUCGGCUCUGGGAUGCAGGCAAAC